GCAGACGUUACGCACAGUCACGCCACGCCUGGUCAAAUGGAGCUGCUGCCUGAAGUCAUCGGACGAUGGGGUAGUACAGCCUUUAACACAGUGCAGGGGUUAAACUUUCCUUCUCCAGAGUGUUGUUAAGUCGUGGUCAGGAUGGAGCGGAUUGUGAUUGUCAGUGGUGCUAACAGUGGCAUUGGUCUGGCGUUGUGUGAGAGGCUGCUGACGGAGGACAGUGGACUUCGGUUGUGUUUGGCCUGCAGAAACAUGCAGCGAGCUGAGGCUGCCCGCUCUGCCCUCCUCACCUCUCACCCCAGUGCUCACGUGGACCUACUGCUGCUGGACGUAGGCUCUGUGAAGUCUGUGCUCAGUGCUGCUCAGGAGAUCAAAGCCAGGUACAGCAGGGUUGAUUUUUUGUACCUGAAUGCUGGAAUUAUGCCCAAUCCACAAGUGGACUUCAAGGCACUUUUCAAAGGUCUUUUUUCUAGGAAUGUCAUUCAUAUGUUUGCCACAGCUGAGGGUCUCCUAACUCAACAGGACCGGGUUAACUCAGAUGGGCUUCAAGAGGUUUUUGCCACUAACCUUUUUGGUCAUUUUCUCCUGAUUAGGGAGCUGGAACCGCUGCUUUGCCAGUCUGAUCACACGUCCAGCGUAAUUUGGACAUCUUCUAGUAACGCCCGGCGAUCUGCCUUCAGUUUGGAGGACAUCCAGCAUAAAAAGGGGAAAGAGCCCUAUAGCUCAUCCAAGUAUGCCUCUGACCUACUCAGUCUGGCUCUGAACCAGCACAUGAACAGCCGGGGGCUUUAUUCAUCCGUUGUCUGUCCUGGUAUGGUGAUGACUAAUCUGACUUAUGGCAUCUUGCCCCAAUUCUUCUGGAUUCUAAUCAUGCCAAUAAUGUGGUUGAUAAGGCUAUUCACCAAUACAUUCACUAUAACACCAUAUAAUGGGGCUGAAGCACUGCUCUGGUUGUUCCUUCAAAAACCUCAGUAUCUAGAUCCAAGGUCAAAGUAUCACAGUUUGACAUCAGGCCUUGGAAAAAACUAUACACAGCCUCGAAAAAUGGACAUUGAUGAUUCUAUGUCUGCGGAUUUUUAUUUGGAGCUUACUGAACUUGAAAAAGAAGUUAAAAAAAAGCUCUGACAUCAGUACCCUUUUGUAUUGUUAUUGUGCAGCAUAUUCAUGGGUUUCACUGAGGACCUGUGCCCUUGCAAAUAGACAGUUUCAAGUGUAAAUAUCUUUUGAAUAGGCAAAUGUCCUCAAAAAGUCCUUCAAAACUAGCAUAGUGAUGUCAUUGAAACCAAUAAAUAACUGGGAGUGCCUUCAAGAAAUUUGUAUUUGAUUGUGCUAAAUUUGUUUUAACGUUUUAAUAAAAUCAACCCACACACUGUUUC